UUGUUUUGAUAAUCUUGAACCUUGAAAGCAUCGGUUUCAGUCUCAGUACUUGCUCGUCGCUAAAUUUCUUACUAGCUGAACGGUACAUUGUGCGAACAGGCAAAAAUAAAUUGGAUAUAUGAUUUUUCUUGAACAUUUUAAAUGGUAAGUUGCCUAAGGUUGCUAAUGAAUAAAAUCGAACAUAACCUACUCUCGACGCAUUUUAACCGGAAUGCAUUUGUUGCAGACAUUUUGAGCAAUGAACAAGAAACGACGGGAAUUUUCGUCACGAGGCAAAAGCUUCAAUAGUAAUUCUAACACGGGUGCCAAUAAAAAUCUAAAUCAUAGUGAUAAAUGGAUGAAAAAAUCUCCCAAAGGAACGAUGCAACAUGAGAGCACACUGUCCAAGGGAAUUCAUCGGAAACCUCAAAAGGCAGUGAUAAAAUCAGUCAAUCAUUUGGAGAAUGGUUUUGCCGCAGCGAAGAAGCCACAACUACAGAAACAUAGACCAACAAAUGCGUCUGAAUACCCUAUAAAACCAUCGACAGUUUCUCAACCGAAUGAGGAAAAAGUCGUCCGUAACUUGAAUGAUGCAAAGAAAAAAGUUCAGAAACCUGAACAAAAAAGUACUGAUCUCAAAGAGCCAGUUGGGAAGAGAAAAAAACAACAGAAUACGGCAGCUCCUAAAAAGCUUAAGAAAACCCAUCCUCCAUUGUCAGAAUCGGACAGUGACGCAGAAGAUUACAUCGAUAAAUUUUUCAGUGAUCUUUCGGCAGAUGACCAAGGCGAUUCGCAGCUCAGCUCCAGUUCAACGGAGAACGAAGAAACAUCCAGUGAGAAAAACUCCACUGAAACUGGUUCAAGUUCCAGCGAGCCUGACCAUAGUAACGAAAUGUCCCUGGAAAAGCUGCUUAAUUUUUACGGAAAUUUUCAAGACAACCAGGCGAAACCAAGCAGCAGUACAAAAUCACCGACAGCACAACGACCUAAAAAAUCUAUUAAGACUGAGAAAAGGAAAAAUAAACUGAAAACCCCCGGCACGAAUCAAUGGGUUGAAGAGGAUAAUGACGUGAGUUUAGUAUACAGGGACUCGGAUAGUGAUCAAGCUUCGCCCAGUAAGGCACUGGUGCCGGUUGGAGACACGUUGCAAGAUACGUCGGAUGAUGAUAAUGAUUUUGUGCCUGAGGAAGAAUCAGAAGAUGAAGAAGAGGAUGUAACUAGUGAAGAUGAAAUGCUUUCGUUUGAGGUGGAAGACGAUUCUGAAACGAACGAGGAUUCUCUCAGUUCAGAAUAUUCUAGCUGCAAAUAUGAAAGCUCGGACUAUGAUUCUGAUGAGGAUGAGAGUAGUUUGAGUGAAGGAGAGAACUACGACGAUGAGUAUUCGUCCUACUGGGAUAAUUCGUACGACAGUGAGGAUGACGGCGACUAUAUACCAUCCGAAGACGAAGAUGAUCUGUAUAUUGGACGAGGAACGGCUCGAAUUUACGAGAUUGACGACAAUAAUGUGUCGUUCAACAGUGAUAUCGAAACGGCACAGAUUGUCGAGUUACCCAGUGACGGGGACCGUAAGCGUUCAGUGACCACAAGUGCAACCGAUAGCCAGUCUGACGAAGAAGAGUCAGAACUUUGUCCGGAUUUAGUGCCAAUUUACGAUGAACACGGGAGACUGAUUGAUAACACAGAAAUGCAACACAGUAAAAAGACAUGUUCUCCUAGUAAGAAAAAUAAUAUCGCAACUGAUUCCGCACAGGAUAACUGUGACGCUAAUGACGCCGAUGGAGUCGAGCUUUCGCCAAACAUGGAAGAUAUCGCGGAAUCGCUAUCACAGCAAGAAUCGGAUCCAAGAUUGGACGUCGCAAAGUUACCCAACUUCCAAUUCUACGACUCGAUCGAUAUGCGUAUGUCCCUGGUGGUGCUCAAGAGUACACUCUUCUUCAGCGGUCACCUGACGGUGCAACCGUUAGUUGGAGGUUUGGAAAUUAUGGGCUACACUUUAAAGUCAGGUGAAUCUAGAACCGCGUUUGCGGCUCGCGGAUUUCAUUGUCUCAACUUAACUCCGCUUCCAAAGAGUGAUGGUUACAAUACAAAAACUCUGAAUGAUUUGCUGCAACGUUUGGAAAAGCAUUUCUUGGAUGCUGAUUUAAAAAUCCUGAGCGAGACGUUUGACCCGUCGAAUUCGGUUUUGGCUCUACUUCAAUCGGACUGCAACAAUCGCCGGGUGGAAGUCAUCGAUAAAUAUAUGCCAGAGGAGACAUUGUUUCCGAAGGUGGAAUUCUUGAAAAGAGGUGUUUUCUACACCACUGAGUAUCUGUUGAAUGCGGAGUUUCUAACCGAGCACGUAGAAAAAUGUACUACAUUGUUUAAAAGCGAACCGGAAUGGGAGAAAAUUCCCUUGAAGCAGUCCAGCCGUAUCGUAGUGAUUGGUGGAAAAGGAGCAGGAAAAUCCACGCUUUGUCAGUAUCUAGUCAAUCAAGCGAUUGGCAAAUUUAAAAAAGCGGUGCUAAUCGAUUUAGAUAUUGGUCAACCGAUCCAGCAUAUUCCGGAAACGAUGAGCGUGACAAUAGUUACCCAGCCUCUGCUCGGAGUUGCUCACUUCAACCCAGUGGCGCCUCGUAAAAGUUGGCUAUUCGGUAGUUUGGACGUUGUUUCUUCUCCUAUUUUCUACAUUCAAAACGUUCGCCAGUUAAUUCGUUACUGCCACCAGCACCGCGAUGACUUCGCCAAUAUCCCUUGGAUUGUCAACACUAUGGGAUACUCUACCGGAUUCGGUGACGAGCUGAUGGCCGCUAUAAUACGAAUGCUGUCUCCGUCAGACGUCGUACAGCUUGUUUCCACUAAAAAAAGUCUUUCGAUACCAAAUUUCCAAAAUGCAUUUACUAGUGAUCACAUCAAUCAGUACAGCUUCAACAUUUUGCUAAGCGAAGUACAGGAGUUCUGCAAAGGUAAGAUGUCUUUUCGACACUGCCAACUGGACGUGAGCUAUCCUCGGAGGGGGUUCUCUUUGAACGCUCCCAAAAGACGCAACCUUAUGCUACUCGCACACCUCGCCAACAUUUUGAACGAUUGCUCCAGCGAAUGGUUCAACGAAGUGCGUCCAUUUUGCGCUCCACUCGAUCGGUUGCAGGUGCUUAUUACUCGGGAAGACCAAAGUUUGGCCGAACAGCAGCUGCCGGCGGUAUUGAAUGCGACGUUAGUCUAUCUCUGUCGGAAAACCGAUGUCGGCAGUUUGUACGAGUGCUUGGGAGUCGGAAUUGUUCGCGGGGUAGACAAGAACAACCAUGUUUUCUUGUUACAAUCGCUUCCACCAGAGCAGCUGGCCGAGAUAACAGUGCUAGCCAUCUGUAGCAGCAGUUUACCAAAUGCUAUAUUCCUGCGCCAGAGCACCCGCAUUCAGGGAAGUAUUCCUUAUGUUUUUAACGUCGGUUGAGUAUUUUUUUUCGCCCACGACCACAUUGUUAAUCGAAUGUUUAAGGGUGCGCUGAGAAAUGUGAGUGCUGCUUGUAGAAAUCUUCCUCUUCGUAUGUAUUUAUUACUAGUGCUGUUUAAUAUGAAAAUUUUCUGUUCACUGUUGAUGAAUGAUCGCGAAAAUAUAUAGGCUAUUAUUUUGCAAUAA